AUGUCAUUGCCUCCGACGUUAGUCGAUGGGGAUGCUGAAGAGCCGGACCAGUAUGAAGCUAUGACCCAAGGCGUGCGGAUCCCAACCUCUCGUUCACAUUUGGAAUCAACUUUUGAUUCCUACGGCAGCUCGUCGGGCUUUGCCGGCUAUAACACUGACGGUGGUGAUUUCCAGAGACCAAGGUCAGAAUCGUUCUCUAUGCGUUUCAGACAAGCUGGCGGCGUUAACAGCAUCGAUAACUUUGUCCGGUCAUGGCAGCGAGCCGCAGGUUUCCCGGAAGUACUUCCCCGUCGCUCCUCGUUUCUUACAGCCGAUUCGGAUGAACAAUGGUUCGCUGCAGCAAAUGAUGAGACCGGCGCACAAGGCUCUCGUCUGUUUCGUCCAGAGAUUGAUGCUACACGACCCCUCCUGACUGCCGAAAGAGAGACCAACCUAGAUGACGAGAACCAGCCAAGAAAAAGUGUCCUCGGAACAUCAUUCGACAGAAGUUUUGGGACCUCAUACGGCACGAUAUCCUCUCGCAUCAGUGAAGCAACACGAAGAAAUGUGACUCAACUUCACCGGGAGCAGCAAGCACAUGUAGACGUACCUUUGGACGGCAGCAUAGAGCCUCUAUCUGUCAAAAGUAUUCAGCAUGAGGACGGUACUAGAUCGAACGUUGUUGUUGGUCAAUCGACCGUACCUCAGACAAUUUUCAAUUCUGUCAACGUCCUGAUUGGCGUCGGCCUUCUAAGCCUGCCGCUUGCAAUGAAACAGGCUGGAUGGCUUUUUGGUCUAUUGUUUCUUUUGUUUGCGGCCGUGACCACCUCAUACACUGCGAAAAUUCUUGCCAAAUGCCUCGAUAUUGACCGCAGCCUAGUCACGUAUGCUGACCUGGCUUAUAUCAGUUUUGGGCACUAUGCACGCCUAAUAACAAGUCUUCUGUUUUGCUUGGAGCUUAUAGGGGCCUGUGUUGCCCUGGUUGUGCUUUUCGCAGACAGCCUUCAUGCACUCAUUCCCGCGAUAAGCAUCCUUCAGUGGAAGCUUAUAUGCGGGCUACUACUUGUUCCACUGAAUUUCGUACCGCUGCGGCUUCUAAGUGUGACUAGUAUUCUAGGAAUACUUUCUUGCACCUCAAUCGUAAUUAUAAUAUGUAUCGAUGGAUUCAUCACGCCCCAUACUCCGGGAUCACUUCGUGAACCAGCUGAGACUUCGUUGUUUCCAAAAAAUUGGGGGACUCUACCCCUUAGUUUUGGACUGAUUAUGUCGCCCUGGGGAGGCCAUGGAGUAUUCCCAAACAUAUACAGGGAUAUGAGACACCCGCAGAAGUAUGGGAAAAGCCUUUGGAUCACGUACCUUUUCACGUAUUUCCUCGAUUGUGCCAUGGCCAUUAUCGGCUGGGCCAUGUUUGGUGAUGCAGUUCGAGACGAAAUCACAGCCAAUGUGUUGCUUUCCACAGACUAUCCACAAGUAUUGUCGAUUUGCAUCAUCAUUUCUGUCGCAGUAAUACCAAUAACCAAGGUUCCUUUGAAUUGCCGCCCCCUGGUGGCCACUGUGGAAGUACUCUGUGGUUUGGAGCCACAUUCUCCCGCAAUCUCAAACCACCCCGAGGGAGUUCGAGCCAUGGUUCUGCAGUCAUUAAAGGCCAUAAUACGUGUGGUUGUGCUGGCUGUUGUCGUUUUGAUGGCUAUUCUCUUCCCAUCUUUCGAUAGAAUCAUGGCAUUGAUGGGCUCCGCUUUGUGCUUUACGAUAUGCGUGAUCUUGCCGCUCGCUUUCUAUUUGAAGAUCUUUGGGCGUGAUAUCAGUCUAAGGGAGCGGAUUUUAGACUGGUGUCUCUUGAUUUUCUCGUCAAUGUUAGCGGUUAUAGGAACGGCUUGGGCAUUCCUACCGCAGAAGAUGAUCUCCACGUGA